AUGAGCAACGAUAAACCAGACAAUGCAGUCUUCUCACUGGCUGAGGAGAGACGGUUAGUCCGCAAAUUGGAUAUUUGGAUUGUUCCUCUAAUGAUGGUCACUUAUACUCUGCAGUGCUACGACAAAGGCAUCAUGAGCGCCGCGACGCAGUUCAACUUUAAUGCCGAUCUCGGCUUGACUACCAUCGUUGGGUACGAGACCAAUGGAACGCCGAUUACGAACAAUCAAAAGUAUUCGAAUGCUUCAAUGAUUUUCUAUGUUGGAUACUUAGUCGGUACCUAUCCUAUGGUAUACCUAUCUCAGCACUACCGGACGUCGCAUGUUAUAUCACUAGCGACCAUGCUCUGGGGUGCAGUCGUUAUGUCAACAGCUGUUUGUUUCAAUUACGCCGGUAUCAUGGUCAAUCGCUUCAUGCUCGGUCUUCUCGAAUCGGCUGUUGCUCCCACCUUUACCGUUUUGGUGACAUUCUGGUGGACACGUGAGGAACAAGCCUUAAGAACAGGUCUAUGGUACUGCUGUGUCGGUGUUGCCACCACCAUCUCUCCCUUGAUCAAUUACGGACUAGGCCAAAUACACGGCUCACUUGAUUCAUGGAAACCAAUGUUUCUGUUACUUGGCGCCGUGACCACUAUGUGGUCUGUUGUUUUGUUUUUUGCUCUCCCAGACAGCCCUCUUACCACAAAAGGGCUAACUGAAUCGGAACGCAAAAUAGCAAUCCAGCGACUACAACAAAACCAGGCAGGCACAAUCAGUCAUGUCUUUAAUAGAGUUCAAUUAUUCGAAGCAUUCCGGGACUAUAAGAUGUAUAGCUGCGCCCUUAUCAUUCUCUUAACAGGCGUUCCAUCUGGUGCCUUAGGAACGUUCGGAACCAUCGUUAUCAACAGCUUCGGAUUCAGCCAUUUUGACUCUCUUGCCUUAACUUGUCCAAUCGGUGCUAUCACUGCAUUUUCAAUCUUGCUAGUUGGUUAUAUAACCCGCAAAUUAAACGGUACUCGUUAUUUAUGCAUUGUCAUAUGCGCUCUCAUCUCGAUUGCAGGGACUUUGAUCUGCUGGUUUGGGCCUCGAAAUAACCGUGGGCUUCUCUUCGCAGGCAUCCUCCUCACCGCAGUUCAGGUCGCCGCCGGAGGAUUGGCAGUUUCUUUGGCUGCUUCCAACAUAGCCGGCCAUACGAAGAAAGCAACGACAAGUGCAUCCACCUUCGUCGGCUAUUGCAUUGGUAAUAUUAUUGGACCACUGAUUUUCGGUGCUUCUCCCGGGCCUUUGUAUCGUGCUGGGUUUAUCGGUAGUUUCGUAUGUUUGUGUGGUGUUGUGGUCAUAGGCUCUGGGACUUAUCUACUCUUACGCAGAGAAAAUGCAAAGAGGAACGGUGAAUUAAUCCGAGUGGGAGGCACUCAACAAGACUCAAUUGAAGAGAACUUGACAGAUAUGCAAAAUAAGGAAUUUCGGUAUAUGUUAUAG